AUGCCGCCCAAGGCAACACCGCCCGAAUUCCCCGUACAGGCGUUUCCUACGUGUACAGAUUUCGAAACCUUUCUCGAGCGCGAACAUGCCACGGCUCCCGGCCUCUACGUGAAGCUCGCCAAAAAGAAUUCUGGCACACCCUCAAUAACGGCAGCGGAAGCCGUCGAAGUAGCGCUAUGUUAUGGCUGGAUAGAUGGUCGCGCCAACGCCUGCGAUGAGACCUGGUGGACGGUACGCUACACACCACGGAGAGCGAACAGUAUGUGGUCUCAGAAGAACGUCGGGACGGUGGCACGUCUUAUUGAGACCGGCCGAAUGCGUCCUGCUGGCCUGGCUGCCGUUGAUGCUGCGAAAGCAGACGGGCGAUGGGAUCGUGCGUACGCAGGGUCUGCUACGAUCGUAGUGCCUGAAGACCUCAAGAUUGCGCUUGCUCAGGUACCUGCUGCGGAAGCUCAAUGGGAAAGCAUGAACAAGGGCGAUCGAUACACAGCGCUGCUCAAGGUAGAGACAGACAGGACAGCUCGGAAGGUUGCCAAGAGAGCUGAAAAGAACAGCGCGAACGCCGAACCCCACGUGCAAAAAGCAGCGCCUUCAUCCCUACGAUCAGGACUGUGCCGACGCAGGGACUGA